GUGUGCGGGGCGGCCCGUGCUGAACUUUAUAACGCUCCUGCAUGUAAAUCGCCCUCGACACUGCGCUCAUAAACGGGGCAGCAGGGACGCAGCUGGCCUCUCCUCACUCACCGCCUCCCUCCAGCCUCCGGGCCGGCCAGGAAGGGGAGUUAUUUGGGAUUACAGCAACGGCCGGGAGCCCAGUCACAGCUUCAGUGCACGGCUCAGUGCUGCCGUGCUUGGGAUCUUAACAGGGAGCGCCAUGAGAGGCAAAGAGGAGAAAUCUUCGCUGAAAGCUUUCAUGAAGCAAAGAAGAAUGGGGUUGAACGACUUCAUUCAGAAGAUAGCCACCAACUCCUAUGCAUGCAAGCACCCUGAAGUUCAGUCUAUCUUGAAAAUCUCCCAGCCUCAAGAGCCUGAACUUAUGAAUGCUAAUCCUUCUCCUCCACCUAGUCCUUCACAGCAGAUCAAUCUUGGCCCAUCAUCCAACCCACAUGCCAAACCAUCAGACUUUCAUUUCUUAAAAGUAAUUGGAAAAGGCAGCUUUGGGAAGGUUCUCCUUGCACGGCAUAAGGCAGAGGAACAAUUCUAUGCUGUUAAGGUCCUGCAGAAAAAAGCAAUCCUGAAAAAGAAGGAGGAGAAACACAUUAUGUCAGAGCGCAACGUUCUGCUGAAGAAUGUGAAACACCCCUUCUUGGUCGGGCUUCACUUUUCCUUCCAAACAGCAGACAAGUUGUAUUUUGUCCUAGACUACAUCAAUGGUGGAGAGUUGUUCUACCAUCUCCAGAGGGAACGUUGCUUCCUGGAACCGAGAGCCCGUUUUUAUGCUGCUGAAAUAGCCAGUGCACUGGGCUACCUGCACUCCCUGAACAUAGUUUAUCGUGACUUGAAGCCAGAGAAUAUCCUGCUUGACUCUCAGGGGCACAUUGUCUUGACUGACUUUGGACUCUGCAAGGAGAACAUAGAGCACAAUGGCACGACCUCCACCUUCUGUGGCACGCCGGAGUAUCUUGCUCCUGAAGUUCUUCAUAAGCAGCCCUAUGACAGGACUGUCGACUGGUGGUGCCUUGGAGCAGUUUUAUAUGAGAUGCUUUAUGGCCUGCCACCUUUCUACAGCAGGAACACAGCAGAAAUGUACGAUAACAUCUUGAACAAGCCGUUGCAGUUGAAGCCAAAUAUCACCAACUCUGCUAGGCAUCUCCUGGAAGGCCUUUUACAAAAGGAUAGGACAAAGCGGCUUGGUGCCAAGGAGGACUUUAUGGAGAUUAAGAAUCACAUCUUCUUCUCCCCAAUUAACUGGGAUGAUCUCAUUAAUAAGAAGAUUACACCCCCUUUUAACCCAAAUGUGAGUGGCCCCAGUGACCUGCGACACUUUGAUCCUGAGUUUACGGAUGAGCCAGUCCCCAACUCCAUUGGCCAGUCUCCAGACAGCAUCCUCAUUACUGCCAGCGUCAAAGAAGCUGCUGAGGCUUUUUUGGGCUUCUCGUAUGCCCCACCUGUGGACUCAUUCUUGUGAACACUUUGUGUGUUUUUUUUCUUUUUUGAAUAAUAAUAACUAUUAUUUUUUAUUUUUGUUUGGCCUUCUGGUUGAACUGCCAGUUGACCAGUCAUCUUGAAACAGAAUUUGCACAUUUCUACCAUGGCAGCUUUGCAGCCUUAAUUUCAACUACACUGUUUGCUGGAAGCUUUUUUGAAGAGCACAUCUCUCUCUAAAUGAGCUUUACAGGCUUUUCAUUUCCAUUUGUUCUUCCCCCAAAGUGGUGCUUUCUCCUUGGGAAAGAAAAACAAACAGAAGUGACUGCUGCCAUAGACUGCUAUGGCAGAUUGUAGGAGUAAGAACAAGCCGUUUUGAAAUCAUGUUCUGAAAAGCCUUGCCUGAAGAUCUAUCCAAACGUGAUAAGGAUUUAUGAAAUGUGCCUUUUUCUGAUGAGAUCUUGUUAGCUCCAAAGCUUUCCCUGUUGCAGAGUGUGUUUCUCAGUUCAUUUAUGUGGGUUUACUAUGUGAACAAAUGGUAUGUGUGUGGUCUGCGUACUACAGAUGGACUUAGUUUAAAGCAUCAAUGUGACACUUGCAGGAUACCACAAUGUGGGGCAUUGUUUGUUUCUUCCAUAUUUGGAAGAUAAAUUAAGUGUAAUUUUGAAAUUUUUUUGUAAUUCUAUACAGUCAACUAAAAUUAUUGAAAUGGGCUCACAAUUACUUGUAUCCAAAUGCUUGAAGAAAGCAUUGCUGCUAUGAAAAAAGAUUUCUAUUUUUAGAAAGGGUUUUUAUGGACCAAAAUGCCCCAGCUGCAGUCGGUCAAAGCUGUUGGUCUCUUUUUUUUUUUCUUUUUUUUUUCUUUUUAAAGUUUAAAAGAUGUCAUCUGUAAAAUGGGCAUUAUUUAUGGUUUUGGGGGUUUUUCAUUCCUGAUUGUAUGUACUGUAAAAAAAAAAUAUAUAUAUAUAUAUAUCUGUAUUUUCAGUUGUAACUCUAGAUGUAUAUUUAAACUUACAGACUUACUUGUAAUGUAUACCAUCAUUGUAAUGUAAUAUAAUUAACAUGGUUAUAUGUAUCAUAUUUUUUGUGACCAAACCCAUUGGUUUGCAGUAAAAUCUUGAAAAAUA